AGCACCACAAUGUCUGGAAAGGGUAAGGCUGGUGCUGAAGGUGCUGCUGACUCCUACAUUUCAUGCCACAUAGACUCUGAGUUUCGCUACAACCUCUUCACUGUUUUCUACAGCAUCAUUUUCAUCCUGGGCUUUGCUGCCAACUGCUACGUGCUGUGGAUCUUCAGCCGCAUCUACCCCACCAAGAAGCUGAAUGAGAUCAAGAUAUUCAUGGUGAACCUGACGGUGGCUGACCUGCUCUUCCUGGUGACGAUGCCCAUGUGGAUCGUGUACUAUCACCACCAUGGGGACUGGAUCAUGCCCGAGUUCCUCUGCAGCAUGGCUGGCUGUUUGUUUUUCGUGAACACCUACUCCUCCGUUGCCUUUCUGAUGGUCAUCACCUACAACCGUUACCAGGCCGUGACCAACCCCAUCAAAGCUGCUCAGUUCACCACCCAGAGAAGAGGAAUCUACUUAUCAGCAGCUAUCUGGAUCAUCAUAGUGGGCAGCUCUUUGUAUUACCUCUUUGACAACAACACUAACCAGGAGGAGGUUGGCUCCAAGAAUUUCACGCGGUGCUUCGAGCGCUACGACUCCUCUGGCAGCGUCUCAGCAGUGCUUGCCAUUCACGUCAUCAUCUGCAUCCUCUUCUACAUCAUCUUCCUCUUCAUACUGGGCUGGAACAUCAUCAUCAUCAGGACCCUGUUCUCCAAAUCAGGGCAGCCACGGAAGAGUGCCCACGUCAAGCAGAGGGCACUCUGGAUGGUCUGCACAGUGCUGGCAGUGUUCAUCAUCAGCUUUGUGCCUCAUCACAUCGUGGACUUGCCCUGGACCCUGACUGUCCUGGAGCAGUGGAAAAAGGAGAACUGUCAGCUGCGCCAACAGCUCAACGAUGCUCACCAGGUGACUCUGUGCCUUUUGAGCACAAACUGUGUGCUGGACCCUAUCAUCUACUGCUUCCUCACCAAGAAGUUCCAGAAGCACGUUUCAGAGAACCUGAAAAGCAUGAAAGGGAGCCGCAAGUGCUCCAGGCAGACCACAGACACAGUGAUUGAGGGAACCAUUCACCAGGAGGAUGCCAUUGGGAUCUAG